AUGGAAUCCCUCAUCGUCAACACAUCUUCGGAUACAACAAUAUAUACAUCUAUUACUCGUCCAGCUGAGCACAAAAAUAAACCUCUGGUGUUGUUCACUCACUACUGGGGUGGCUCUUCCUCUACCUGGCACAAACUUACGUCACCAUACUCGUCCGCGUCUAUAAGCGCCACUUAUCCAACGGUUGCUGUCGACCUCCGAGGCUGGGGCAAGUCAACUGGUCCAGUAGCGGAUAACGGAUCCGCCUAUUCGAUCUCUGCAAUGGCAUCUGAUAUUUGUUCGGUCCUGAAACAACUCCAAGCAAGGACUGAGGAUUUGUUUGAAAAUGGCUUAGUAUUUGUUGGCCAUUCAAUGGGGGCAAAGGUGGCUUUUGCAACUCUCAGCAUCCUGCCUGCCGAGCUUCUGAACAAGGUCAAGGGUUUGGUGUUAGCCGCCCCAGCACCACCUACAGCGUUGAAUUUACCUUCUGAAAUGAAGGACCAGCAGCUAUCGGCGUAUCAAACGCAGGAAUCUGUACUAUGGACACUUCGGAAUGUCCUGGCAAAUCCUGACACGCUAAGCGAGCAGGACAUGAAAUUGGUGGUGGAGAACAGUCUUUGCGGCAACCAGUUUGCCAAAAGUUCCUGGCCUACGUAUGGCAUGGGAGAAGAUAUUUCAAUUGGAUUGAGAAAGACCCUCGAGUCAUUGAAAGACGUUGGACUUUUAGUCGGCAUCAUUGUUGGCGAAUUCGACGUUGUUGAACCAGAGGAGCGAGUCAAAGCUGAAGUCGGUCAGUUCCUCAUUGAGAUUGGGCUGAAAGUCACGAUAAAGACUGCCAAAGGUGUGAAACAUCUCAUACCACUGGAAGAUCCCCUAAGCAUUGCCCAAGAAAUUCGGAGAUUUUAG